CCACGGUCCCCAAAAGGGGAAAACAAAAAAGAAAAAAGGGGGCGCGGAGGGUGGGAGCGAAUAAUCAAUCACUUUCUCUGUAUCUUCGCAUUUCGCACCUCGAUUAAGACCCAAAGAGAAGAGAAGAGAAGAGAAGAGAAGAGAAGAGACGAGACGAGGGUUUUGCAGAGGGUGUUCGUUCUGUUCAUAGGAUUUGAGCGAUAUGUCGAGCGAAAGGCCUUCUGUUGAGCUCUGCAAAGGCAUUUAUGGCCUCGACAAGGUCGUUCUUAGAGAGAUUCGGGGGACUUCUGCAGAGGUUUAUUUGUAUGGGGGUCAAGUGACAUCUUGGAAGAAUGACCAUGGGGAGGAAUUGCUUUUCCUGAGUAGUAAGGCUGUUUUCAAGCCUCCAAAGGCAAUACGUGGUGGUAUUCCGAUAUGCUUUCCUCAGUUCGGAAGUCAUGGAACUCUUGAGCAACAUGGAUUUGCGAGGAACAAGUUAUGGAGUAUUGACACUGAUCCGCCUCCUUUUCCGACAAAUAGCUCCAGCAAAGCUUUUAUUGAUUUGAUCCUCAAGUCAUCUGAUGAGGAUUUUAAGCUAUGGCCUCAUAGCUAUGAGUUCCGUCUUAGAGUAGCCUUGGGACCUGGAGGAGAUCUGAUGUUAACAUCCCGCAUCAGAAACACCAAUACUGAUGGAAAACCAUUUACAUUCACAUUUGCGUAUCACACAUAUUUCUUGGUUUCUGAUAUAAGUGAAGUUCGGGUAGAAGGGUUGGAGACGCUUGAUUAUCUGGAUAACCUGCGAGAGAGGGAGCGAUUCACUGAACAAGGAGAUGCUAUAACUUUUGAAGGAGAAGUGGACAAAGUAUAUGUCAGUACACCAACAAAAAUUGCAAUUCUGGACCAUGAAAAGAAGAGGACGUUUGUUCUGCGCAAAGACGGCCUUCCAGAUGCUGUUGUGUGGAAUCCUUGGGAUAGGAAGGCAAAGGCCAUCCCUGAUCUUGGGGAUGAUGAUUACAAGCAUAUGCUGUGCGUGGAGGCUGCAGCUGUGGAAAAGCCCAUCACCCUGAAACCUGGGGAAGAGUGGAGAGGAAGGCAAGAGCUUUCUGCUGUUCCGUCCAGUUAUUGCAGCGGGCAAUUGGAUCCUCAGAAGGUUCUGCAUGGCAGUUGAAAGAUAUCAAUCUUUUUCUGGUGGAUAUCUGUACAGGUGCUUCUGUUGCAUUCUGGGAAUGAUGCUUGUUGAUGUUGAAAUUUGGGUUGGGAUUUUUUUUUUGCCGACUGUUGGAAUUCAUUACGAUAACUUUCUAUCAAAUAAUGAUGCUUUACAUGGGAAACUAUUUCGUAGCAUGUCAAAGUGGGGACCACCAAAAAAGGAAAAAAAGAAAAAAGGUUACCUGUUUUGUAAAUCCUUAGGCAUAUGAUGCACUUGAUAAAGAAUAUAGGGGGAGUUUAUAGAGGUGUUAAUUUUCUUCUUGGGUAGUUGAAUGGUUGUUUGCUUCUUGGAGUUUUAAGGAUUCUCUUUGCCUUCCCCAAUAUUUUGUCUGGGGUUAAAGGAUCCAAAAUUCCAAUAUUUUUACAUGGAAAUAUGAAUAGAUGAGUAGAUAUCUGCAUUGGA